GUUUGGAGAGAGGAGUGGACGGCGCAGACCGCAGCUGUCAUGCCGCGCACGGGGUUAAAAUAGACUCAAAGUUUUUUUUACAUUUGGCAAUAACCUGCUGUUUUCACCUGCUGUCCGACAACAUGGAGUACUGGAGGCAAUGUGCGAUGUGGCUGAUCAGCUGCAACGUGCUGCCCGCGAACCACCGGGUGACUGCGGACACGGCGCAGGUGUUCGACCUGGCGCAAACCCUGCGGGACGGGGUGCUGCUGUGCCAGCUGCUCAACAACCUGAGGCGUCACACCAUCAACCUGAAGGAGAUCAAUCUCAGGCCGCAGAUGUCACAGUUCCUGUGCUUAAAGAACAUCCGCACAUUCCUAAUGUCUUGCAAUGAGGUGUUUGGAAUGAAGAAAAGUGACUUAUUUGAAGCCUUCGAUCUCUUCGAUGUUCGAGACUUUGGAAAGGUUAUGGACACUCUAUCCAAGCUCUCCUACACAUCAAUAGCACAGCAAGGAGGAUUCAAGCCAUUUCCAACAGAGGAGAGCCUAAAAGACGAGGACAUUUACAAUAAUCUGGAAGACUUGAUUGAUGAGAAUGUCCCUGAGGAUGAGGACGACUUGUAUGCGGCGGUCUAUGGGGUGGAGGAAGACUACGCUGGUGGAGAGAUCUAUGAAGACCUCAUGAGGACUGAGCAGCUUCCCCCAUUGAAGCAGGCAGAGGUGGAUGUCCGGAGCUGCUGCCUCACAGAGAUAAAACAGACGGAGGAGAAAUACACAGAAACCCUGGAGUCCAUUGAGAAGUAUUUUCUGAAUCCUCUGAAGAAAUUUUUCUCCGCAUCUGAAAUCGACAAAGUUUUUGUCAACAUUCCUGAUCUGGUUAAACUUCACAAAAGCCUGAUGGUCGACGUGCAGGACUCCAUCUUAAACAAAAAUGCCUUAAAUCUCUACCAGAUUUUCAUCAGCUACAAAGAAAGACUGCUUAUUUAUGGAAUAUACUGCAGUCAGGUGGAGAUCGCCAUCGCUGUUUUAGACCUCAUUUGCAAAGAAAAAGAGGAUGUUCGUCUAAAGCUGGAGGAGUGCUCAAAGAGAGCCAACAAUGGGAAGUUUACACUGAGGGACCUGCUGGUUGUCCCGAUGCAGAGAGUCCUCAAGUACCAUCUACUUCUUCAGGAGCUAGUCAAACACACUCACGAUGCUGCUGACAAGAGCAACUUGAAGAUUGCUCUUGAUGCCAUGAAAGACCUGGCUCAGUUUGUCAACGAGGUGAAGAGAGAUAACGAGACUCUAAGGGAGAUCGACCAGUACCAGAGAUCUAUUGAAAACCUGAAUCAGCCUCUACACAGCUUUGGUCGACCAAAGGGUGAUGGAGAAGUGCGCAUGGUCUCCAGUGUUGACAAGAAGAAACAGGACAGACACAUCUUUCUAUUUGAUGUGGCUGUCAUUGUGUGCAAGAGGAGAGGCGACAACUAUGAGAUGAAGGACAUACUCGAACUCAACUACUUCAAGAUCACAAACAACCCCACUACGGACAGAGAGGGUAAAAAGUGGUGCUACGGGUUCUACGUGACUCACCAGCAGGGACACGUCGGCUUUGAACUCUUUUUUAAGACCAGAGAGCUGAAGAAGAAGUGGCUGGAUCAGUUUGAAAUGGCCAUAUCAAAUAUCCGUCCAGAGAAAGCCAACCACAACUCUCACCAGUUCAAGAUGCACACCUUUGAAAGGAUCACCUCCUGUAGUUUCUGUCACCUCUUGCUCAGGGGCAUCUUUAACCAGGGUUAUCUCUGUCAGAAAUGUGGGCUGGGGGCUCAUAAGGAGUGUCUGGGCCGACUGGGAGUCUGUGGGAGAACAGAUUCCGCCAAGCCGAAACCCAAGGAAAGCACAACACCACCAGACCCAGGUUUACCCAGGAUGGUUGUGAUCAGAGACUACAGUGGCAUCCCCUGUCCCCAGUGCGGGCCCCCACUAAGCAUUCAUGCGGGGGAUGUCAUUGAACUGAUGUUUGCCGACCUGCACAGCUCCUGGUGGCAGGGAAAAAUUCUGGCGACAAGCAAGAUUGGCUUCUUUCCAAGUGAUGCUGUGAGGCCUUGCCCGUGUGUUCCAAAACCUGUCGAUUACUCUGCCCAACUCUGGUUUGCAGGGCCUAUGGAGAGGUACCAGGCUGAGGUGGAGCUUCUGGACCGAGGAAACAGCACCUAUCUGGUUCGACACAGGAGUAAAGAGUGCACUGAGUACGCCAUCAGUAUCAAGUUCAACGAUAAAGUCAAGCACAUUAAGAUUCUGACCAAGAAUGGCUGCUUUUACAUCGCUGAGAGCCGGCUGUUCAAGACUGUGCUGGACUUGGUUGAGUACUACAAGCAGCAUUCUCUGAAGGAGGGUUUCAGCAGUCUUGACACCACUCUGCAGUUUCCCUAUAGGGAACUGUCCAAUGGAAACAUGCCCAAGGCCAUUACCAAGGCUGGCAGUGUGUUUUCUCCCAGGGUGGUGGGUAUUGCAGUGGCACGCUAUGACUUCUGCUCGAGAGACACACGGGAGCUCUCCCUGCUGCAGGGAGACAUUAUCAAGAUCUAUACCAAGAUGUCCAAUGGAUGGUGGAGGGGAGAGGUUGACGGCAGGAUGGGCUGGUUCCCCUCCACCUAUGUAGAAGAGGAGGACUGACUUUGCGGGAGGACUAACGUCUUAGCAGCGUCCAUUCAAAGCCGACCACCUCCAGUGAGCACCAUGCUGCUCAGCCACUCUCUUUGCCCCGCAAGUCAGAUCUCUUUGAUAAAACCCAGAGACUCGGACUAAAGAGGAAGCGGCGGUGCCCUCAAAAACCUUCUCCUGCCCUCUGACAGACUCUCACACGGUGCAGAUGUCAAAUCACAGAUUCCAGGAGCGUCACGCCAUAUCUUGCCUCUCUGCGGCCCUGUCUGCCCCUGCGGCCCACCGGGGAGUGCAUGUGCUGUACCCAGAUAACCCCCACCCCCCCCACCCCACCCCCGCCUCCCUUCCUGCUCACCUUGUCUUAUUAUUGAUGACUCCAUUGGCUGGUGUGAGACUUGCCUUCACUGUCAUCAUGUUUCGAUACCAGGAAGGCUCAGUCACCCAACUGGAACACAGAUCCUGCUGACAGCGCACCGCCCAGGUACCGCACCAAAUUGAAAUGCAGGAGCUGAGGAGCUUUGACUGUUGUUGGAACACUGUAGCCCUCUUGGCUGUUGAGACUUUUGUGCUCAACUUUCUGUCAAAGACUUUAGUAUUUAACAGUUUAAAUCACCUGACUGAAAUGAACAAUGUGAUAUACUGUACAUGAUGAAAUGCACUCGCUCAAUUGUGAUGUGACGCAUUGUAGUAAAAGGAUGUAAAGAUUUCAGUAAAGCGUCAAGGACAUUCACAUAUAGUGUGUUCGGUAUCUUGAUGACUAUUAGUCUUGUGGACCCAGAAGUGAUUUGGUCAUAUCAUUACAGGACAGGUCUGGAGACCAAAUAGUUGAUUAUUUUGUUGCACAACAUAAUAAAUAAUAUGUUGUUGUGGAAAAUAUUGAA